AUGCAUUUCUUGUUAAAGAACAAGCUCAAGGUUGUUGCUCCAACAACAAUGAGCUUGAGAGGAAGUGUUGAAUGUUAUAAUCCAUUGGCGACUCAGAAGCACGAGCAAUCACUAGUCAUGGAAAGAAGUGAGCCAACGCUAGUACCGGAAUGGUUGAAAAGUGCUGGGAAUCUGACUGGUUGUGGCACUUCAUUGCAUUCAGAUGAUAAUGCUGGAUUGAAGCUUGCAAGAAAUAGGUCUUCAGUGAAUAGCAAUGGUCAUGAUUUAGGGCGAUCACUUGGUUCUGACAGAACUACUUCCUCAUAUUUUCGCCGUAGUUCCAGUAGUAAUGGUUCAACUCACUUGAGGUCUUACAACAGUUUUAGUAGAAACCACCGAGACAGAGACUGGGAGAAGGAUGCAUAUGAGUCACGUGACAAAGAAAGGUCAGUUUUUGGGGACAGUAGGCGGCAAGACUUUUCAGACCCGUUAGGGAAAAUUUUGUCUAGUAGUUUUGAGAGGGAUGGGUUAAGACGUUCGCAGUCAAUGGUCUCUAGGAAACAUGGAGAUAACUGGCCUAAGAAAAUCUUAAUUGACUCUAGCAAUGCCAGUGGAAAGAAUACCAAUGGGUUGGUUCGCCAGGGCAGCCCCAUUGGCAGUGUGAACAAAGCCUCAUUUGAAAGAGAUUUUCCCUCCCUGGGAGCAGAAGAAAGAUCAGCUGCUCCUGAUAUAGUAAGAGUUCCUUCUCCCGGUUUGAGUACUGUCAUUCAGAGCUUACCAGUUGGUACCUCAGCUGUGAUAGGUGGCGAAAAAUGGACGUCAGCUUUGGCAGAGGUGCCUGCGUUAGCUGGAAGCAACGGAACUGGAGUUUCCUCCACCCAACAAGCCCCUCCUUUAAGCUCUGCCACCGUGGCUUUGAGCAUGACCACUGGUCUCAAUAUGGCCGAAGCCGUGGUUCAGGGGCCUCCUCACACUCAGACUACUCCUCAGUUAUCUGCUGGAACUCAGAGGCUUGAAGAACUUGCUAUCAAAAAAUCUAAACAAUUGAUUCCUGUGACGCCAUCUUUGCCAAAAGCAUUGGUGUCAAAUUCUUCGGACAAACAGAAGACUAAGGUUGGCCAUCAGCAGCAUCCUCAUGUUACUAAUUCUUCACGGUGUGCAGCUGUGAAACCUGAUGUUUCAAAGAUAUCUAGUGUGGGGAAGCUUCAAGUUCUCAAGCCAGUGCGAGAAAGAAAUGGCUUCUUUCCUGCUGUGAAGGAAAACUUAAGCCCAACAGCUGGUAGCAAAGCAAAUUCCUCACUUUCUGUUGCUUCAUCUGUUUCUGGAUCUGCAGCAGUUAGGCCUCCCCCACACAACCCAGUCCUUCAUACUGUUGAAGGCAAGCCCGUACUUACUGCAUUGGAGAAGCGUCCCACUUCUCAAGCACAAAGCCGAAAUGACUUUUUCAACCUCAUGAGGAAGAAGUCUAUGGCAAAUUCCUCAUCUAUUUCUGAUCCUGUCAUGCCCUUGUCUUCGACUGUAUCUGAGAAGCUUGGUGAAACACAGGUAUCCUCUGCUUCAACUACUACUGAGGCCAGAGACGCACAAUCACCUGUUAGCUCAAGUGGGGGCCACUUGUCCGAGGAGGGGAGUGAUAUGACCUGUAAUGGUAUUGAGAGGCAAAAAUGUCUUUGCAAUGGAAAGAAAUAUCCGAGAUCAGAUCCAUCAUUUUCAGAGGAAGAAGAGGCUGCAUUUUUACGCUCUAUGGGCUGGGAAGAAAAUGAUGAGGAGGGGGCCCUCACUGAGGAGGAAAUCUGUGCUUUUUACAGGGAUUUACAAAAGUAUAUCAAUUCAAAGCCGUCCAUGAAAAUAUUGCCAGGAGUACCGCCAAAGAUUUUGUCGCCGUUCAACUCGCGAGGCAUUGGUGUCAUUGCUUCUGGGUUGAGCUCAUCUGAUGCUAAACUGGAAUCUUGA